ACAGCUCGGCACAUCUAAACGGGAUUGGUGACAUGUGAGCCCCUCUCAGCCAGGGUACAAAUUGUGGAGCUGGUGCUCGGGACAGACACACUGACGCACCUACACACCUGUCUGCUGCAGAAAGGAGGCUCUUCCGUCCAUAUCUCUUUGUACCUGUGAGUUCGGCAGGCACAGUCAGAAACCAGUGCUUUCAGGUCGCACAGACCAGCACAGGCACAGCCCACACCACCUGAAUACACAGAGCAAUGAGCGCCCCAAAGCAUGUCAUCUUCAAGAAAAUCUCCCGUGACAAGUCGGUCGGGGUUUAUAUGGGGAAGAGAGACUUUGUGGAUCAUGUAGAUCAUGUGGACCCUGUGGAUGGCGUUGUCCUGGUGGACCCUGAGCUCGCAAAAGGAAAAAAAGUGUACAUCACGCUGUCCUGCACCUUCCGCUAUGGACGUGACGACAUGGACGUGUUGGGGAUAGCAUACCGGCGGGAUAUCUACGUGUCGACCCGGCAGGUGUACCCGCCGCUGCAGGACAGGAACGCCCACACCAAAAUGCAGGAGCGGCUGCUACGGAAACUGGGGGACAACUCCUACCCCUUCUUCUUCGAGUUUCCGGAUAACCUGCCAUGUUCCGUGGGUCUUCAGCCGGGUCCCACAGAUGUGGGGAAGUUCUGCGCAGUCGAGUUUGAGGUGAAGGCCUUCUGUGCAGAAAACCAAGAUGACAAAAUCCAUAAACGGAACUCCGUGCGCUUGGUGAUCCGGAAGCUGCAGUACGCCCCAGAGCAGUCAGGACCCCCUCCCCAAGCCGAGACCACCCGGGAGUUUGUGUUGUCGGAAAAGCCGCUGCACCUGGAGGCCAGUCUCGAAAAGGAGACUUUCUACCACGGAGAGCCCAUCAAUGUACAUGUGAAUAUCACCAACAACUCCUCAAAGACUGUGAAAAGCAUCACAAUGACAGUCGAGCAGAUUGCCAACGUGGUGCUGUAUUCCAAUGAUAAAUACACCAAGUCUGUGGCUGUGGAAGAGACUGAUGAUAAGGUGGCUGCCUCUGCCAGUCUCAAAAAGGUUUACACCCUUUUGCCACUGCUGGCUAACAACCGAGACAGUCAAGGCCUGGUCCUGGAUGGCAAGCUGAAGCAUGAAGAUACCAACCUGGCUUCUUCCAGCAUUGUGAAGGAAGGAGUCCUAAAGGAGAUUCUUGGGAUCCUGGUCUCCUACAGGGUUGUGGUCAAGCUUAUUGUUGGAGGGGUUUUGGGCGACAUUGCUGCCAGUGAGGUCGGAGUGGAGUUGCCUUUCCGUCUGAUGCAUCCCAAACCAGAAGCUGAAUUAGAUGACAAAGCAGAAUUAGAUGACAAUGCAUCUUUAGGUGGCAGUGCAUCCGAUUAAACGGUAGGACAGGCAAAAACUAAUUCAAGACUUUUCUUAAGUUAGUUUUCAUCACUGUGAAUUCUGCUUAAUUUCAUUUAUAUUGUUUAUUAAGCAUAUUAGAACUUUUGAAACUGCAGUUACACAACGCUGGAUGUACAGUCUGUCAGACUAAAGCAUGGCUGCACUGCGUUUUCAGAGAGGUUCUGUCAGCUCUGAUUUUCAAGUACUGAGCUGGGUAUCUCCAUGUGCUUGUGGUGAUGUUUGUUUUUGUGAGUCUUUGUUAUUGUUGGUGGCUUGCAUGUGUGUCAGGGAAGACAGGCACCAGCUGAACUAGCACAACAUGAAACCUUAUACAUUACUCUGCUGUUAACUUACUGAGCACAGGGUUACAGCUUUGAAUUAAAAAAAAGGUGAACACAACUGCAAUUAGGGAUGAUGUAACUAUUUUACAGUUUCUGUUUGGGACAAAAGAAAUACGGUUGAAAACUAGUAGCCCUACAGGUAAGACAACAGUGCAGGUGAGGUGGUCAUUAAGCUCAUGUGCUGUAUGGUUGUUGAGAAAAAAAGAAAUAUACCCCAUGGUUGUCUACUCAGUUUAGUCAUGUGUACUGACUGGUUCUGGUCUGGACUGCAACGCUUCAGACCACAACCAGGGUUAUCAACCAGGUUUUUUGAUGUCACUAAUAACUGUGCAGAUGACUUAAUUGUGUCGGAUUUUCUCUUGUUCUCUGGAAUUCCAACCCCCUUGUUGGUGUCCACAGUCCUGGGGCUGCCAAUGCCAAUGUCAUUCUGGUGGUCAAUAGUAUGGCUUCCUGUUGAACCCUGAGCCGGGUCUAUGUAGUGGUGGCACUGGCCGUUCUGAGUCGUUUUAUCUUUUCCCAGGCUCUCUGAUUGUGCGCUAUGGUUAUGAUUGGGAAAUGAUUAUUAACUGUUUAACAGCUGUUUAACCCUGAUUACCACUAGUCUGGCACUACCGAAUGUCAUCUUAGGUAAGGUAGUCUGUGAAACCAGCCGAAAAACAAUGUCCAGACUAGGAUCCUAUUUAUUGGGUAUUUCUGCAAUGUACGUGUAAAAUGAUCUUGUGUAAAUACAGUACAUGAUAGGGUGUCUUGUCGUGUGUCUAGUACAUCAGUUACUAAGUUUCCUUUUUAUUGUUCACCAAAUUGAAUGGUAUUUUAGUUUCUGGACCUAGAGUGCAUAGAACUUGACAAGUAAAGACACACUGUGAUAUUGUCUACAGUAGUUUGGAAGCUUGGCAUGUACUGGACUGAUGCAAACGUUGGGGUAACCCUCCAUAUUUACGAGGAUAUAGGGGAAUAUUAGGCUGCACCCAUCAUAUUCCCUAAGUAUUCAAGAUUAUGAAAUCAUUUUUAACCGGACAUGAGCUCAUAACCUGCUCAGGGUAAUGGAAAGCAGCAUUUAUUUGUUGUGGCUGCUACAAGUUUUAAAAAUGUUUGCUUGUAUAUCUGUAGCUCGGUAUGUCUUCUUGGGAGUUUCAACUGAUCUUCUUGUUAUUUGUACAAUGAAAUACUGAAAUACCUGCAGUUCUGCUGAGUGCUGCAUGUACUCAUUGUUAACUCUCAUUCUGUUUCCUUUCCUUGCUUCCCCUGCACAGUGAAAGAAAGUGAAUCAGAAGAAGACGUGGUCUUUCAGGAAUUCAAACGCUGUUAUCUGAAGGGGCUUGUAGGUGAGAAGGAAGACGAAGAGGAUUGAAACAUCUUCCCACCAGAGUGAGGGAACGCUGGAUCACAUAGAAUAGCAGCGUGUGACACAUAACCUACUCUCAUGUCAUGUUGUUACUGUAAACCAGUUUCCAUCUUUUACUGUUAGAAUACUAAAUAGGAUGCUAUUUUAGUUUAUGGACCUAAAGAGCAUAAUAAGAAGGUAAGCUAUGGAAUCCAUUACUAUUAUUUGUUUACUUAGCAGACGCCUUUAUCCAAGGCGAUUUACAGAGACUAGGGUGUGUGAACUAUGCAUCAGCUGCAGAGUCACUUACAACUACGUCUCACCCGAAAGACGGAGCACGGGGAGGUCAAGUGACUUGCUCAGGGUCACACAGCGAGUCAGUGAGUGAGCCGGGAUUUGAACCGGGGACCUCCUGGUUACAAGCGCUUUUCUUUAACCACUGGACCACACCGCCUCCUACCCCAUUCAGGACUAAUGCACUAAAUAUCAAAUGUAUUUGAUUUAUUUUAAAUAAAAGACACUUGGUAAGCCUGGUUCUUAACUUCAUAAUAACAAUGUCUGGUCCUGUUGCUGUUUACUGAUUAAGAUCCAUUGAGGUAAAUGUGGAAAGACUUAGAUCUAGAAAGAUCAUACAGUAGGAAUUUGGUUGGUAAACCACGCUUAUUGCCUGUAUUUCUUUAAACAUAUCUCUGUUUACUUACACUUACCCUAAAUUGUAGCUGCUUUUGCAACUUUAAUGAAGCUUUCACCAAUUUUAAACUUUGUGUUAUAGGGAAUAAGAGGCUGUAGACUGUAGUUGGAAAUAAACGUAAUCUUACAA